AUGGCGUGGACUUUCGGCGCUGGACAAGGAAACGGCGGCCGCCGCGGUGUCGGCUUAGGCGGUGGAACCGCUGGUUUCGGCAGCGACGCCGGCCCGUUCGCCGGCAACGUCGGCAGCGACAGGGAUAAUGCCGGCCAGAUCGUGUUUGGUGAUGGGAGCGGAUUCGGUGGCCGUGGCCCCAGCUUCCGCCAGCAAGCCGGCUCCCCUGGUGGUGUUGCCGCUGCGGCGGCCGCACCUUUUGGUUUCGUGGCCGGCUGCGGAACUCAAGGCGGACAAAUUGCUGUCGAGAAGGUCCCGGGCUUUCGUAUGCGCGUUGAUUCAGAUGAUGAUGGAAUGUCCGACCACGAUUGGCCGGACUCUUGGUUUCGGCCUGAUCCAUCAGCCACUGUUGACCAUUUUCUAGAAGCUGUCAUUCAGCAAUCACCGUUUCAAGUGGCAGUGAAGCUGCUAUCCUUGCUACACGUUUACAAUGGUUCUAGCAAUGCUCCAAUUUCGUUACUGAAGUGUUAUGCACAACGAGCAAUAGAUGCUAUAAUGAAUAGCAACAUCGAUUUGAUCAGCACUGGUUCUGAAGGGGGGGGGGAUAUGUACGAGGAAGUGCAUACACAAAUUGCUGAACAGCGUAGCUCUUCUUCUCACUGUAUUGGUCGUAUUCAAGGAAAUCCUGAGAACACUUGUGUAAGAAAGAUUACGUCUAAAAGCUUACUAAACAUUGACCACACUCUUCAGUUGAUUGCGAAAUUUAUACUAGACUGUCUUGGCCAUCUACCUUCUGAAUUCUGGAGUCUGGCAGCAGAUAUACUAUUGUCAGGACUUCAGACUGUUACUAAGAAUUGCUAUUCACUCAUCUUGCAUGCAUGCAGUGAAACUUGGCAGCUUUGCAUGCUUUGCAACAUUGGAUCAUCACUUGGAGUCGCCGAAUGGGUUGAAGAUUGUCCCACAACAUGUCGGAUUGAAGAUGCUUAUGGAAACAGAGAAACUAAUUCAUCUUCUUGUCAUGCAUCGGCUGUUUCUGGAGGUCAUCCACAUAAAAAUACUAACAUGCUUACUACCACAGAUGAUGACAUGGUAGUAAAUGAGAGAAGUAAGUCGUUUCCUGGCUUGGAGGCUAUAGAUGAUGAAAAUAUGCAAGUGUUAGAUCCUGAUGGAAGCAAGGCAGAUAUGGCCGAAUCACUAGCUACUAACAAGCCCCCAGUGAUUAAAGAAAUAAAUCUUGAGAAAGCAGCUCUUAUUAUUGAAACUAUACGUCAAGAGGAGUUUGGUUUGGAUCAGACACUAAGUUAUACUGAUAGCAGCUUGCUGAAAAAGCAGCAUGCUCAACUUGGCAGAGCCCUUCAUUGUCUCUCACAGGAGCUAUAUUCCCAUGACUCUCACAUAAUCCUUGAGCUAAUACAGAAUGCUGAUGACAACACUUAUCUCAAGGAUGUCGAACCAACAUUAGCGUUUGUUCUUCAGGAUGAUGGAAUUGCUGUUCUUAAUAACGAGACAUGCUUUUCUGCUGAUAACAUUAGAGCGUUGUGUGACAUUGGUAAUUCUACAAAGAAAGGGUCAAACAUGGGGUAUAUUGGAAAUAAAGGCAUUGGAUUCAAAUCAGUAUUUCGGGUAACUGAUGCUCCAGAGAUCCAUUCAAAUGGUUUUCAUGUGAAAUUCGACAUUACAGAAGGCCAGAUUGGUUUUAUCUUGCCGACUGCAAUUCCACCUUUUGAUACUAACCCUUUGAGUAGAAUAUUAUCUCCUGAAGAUAGCUACGAUGCAUGCUCCUCCUGGAAAACUUGUAUUUUGCUCCCUUUCAGGUCAAACUUCAGGGAGGGCACUGGUAUGUGCUCCGUCGUGUCCAUGUUUUCAGAUCUUGACCCAUCUCUGCUCUUGUUCCUUCACAGGCUAAAAUGCAUCAAAUUCAAAAAUAUGCUCAGUGAGAAAUUUCUAGUAAUGAGAAGAAAAUCUCUUGCUGAUGGCAUUGUGAAAAUUUCACGUGGGAAUGAGACAGUGAGCUCGUUGGUAGUUAGUAAGAAAUUACAGAGCUCGCUUGUUCGUCAUGAUGUCUGUAGUACAGAGAUAGCUAUGGCAUUUUCUUUGCAGGAGACAGAAGAUGGAGAGUAUGAACCUUAUUUGAAGCAACAACCUGUCUUUGCUUUCCUUCCUCUAAGGAACUACGGUCUUAAAUUCAUUCUUCAAGGAGAUUUUGUUUUGCCUUCUUCUAGAGAAGAAGUGGAUGCAGAUAGCGCAUGGGACCAAUGGUUGCUGUCUGAAUUCCCAUCUUUAUUUGUUAGUACUCAAGAAUCUUUUUGUGCUCUACCUUGCUUCUGAAAGUGCUCUGGAAAAGCUGUUACGGCCUUGAUGAGUUUUGUGCCUCUACCGGGAGAAGUUCAUGGGUUCUUUUCUCAGCUCCCUCAUUUGAUCCUUUCCAAGUUGCGCCUUACCUGCUGCAUGGUUUUGGAGGGCUCCAGUUUGCAGUGGGUCCACCCAUGCAACACACUAAGGGGUUGGGAUGAACAGGCUAGAACGCUAUUGCCUGAUACCAUACUCCGUGAACAUCUUCACCUUGGAUAUUUAUCAAAAGAUGUUACUGUAUACGAUACAUUAUCAAUGGCCUUAGGUAUACAUGAGUAUGGACCGAAAUUUUUGACUGAUAUUAUGUCAUCUAUUUGCCAAACUGAUGGUUGCAUUGAGUCACUGGGACUGGAAUGGCUAUGUGCUUGGAAAAUGAAAUGCAUCCCACUUUCAGAUGGUUCAUUUAGCUGUAUAGCAGAUGGCCCAAUAUGGUUGAAUUGUGAUCUUCUCGACUCUCCGCCCGGAUCCAAAAUCAGCAUGCAGAGCUUCCCAGUUCUUUACAUUGUCGAAGAGACGAGAACAAGUGACCUUAUAGAUAUUUUAUUGAAAGUUGGUGUGCUGAAGUUGUCUGGACAUGACAUUAUAAAAAAUCACAUCCUGGUGUCAUUGCCUAAUGCUACAGAUGCUAAUCCAGAAGAGAAAAUGAUGACAGAAUAUAUGAGUUUUAUCAUGCUACAUCUUCGGCCCCCCUGUAUAAGCUGUAACCCUGAGAAAGAAGAGAUUAGUAAACAUUAUGGAAAUUCAGUGGACAUAGGCAAGCUCCUUCAGAAUGUAGAUAUGGCAUGGAUUGAACUUGACACUUGUUACUUGACACAUGAUAGCUCUGCUUCAUUGCAAUUCAAAAUGCAAAGUUGGAGGCAAUUUUUCGAGCAGUUAGGUGUGACUGAUUUUGUUCAGGUAAUGGAAGUUGAGAAGAAUGUAUUUGAGGCUGAUGACUGUCAAAAUGGUACUCCCUUCCAAGGUGGUAUACCUGGAACACCUUAUAUUGUGUAUGACUGGGAGUCACCAAAAUUGAUGACUAUGUUAUCAACACUCACCUCAAAGAAUUUGCGAGAAAAUUGUAUAUAUCUUCUGAAGGUUCUAGACAAAUACUGGAAUGAUUAUUAUAGUACAAAAUCUAGGAGUCUCACAAAUGCAACAGAUUGUGGUGAAAAGAGAAAAGUUGACUCUUCCUUUAUGAAGUGUCUGCGAAACUUCAAGUGGAUAGCAUCGAGUAUGGAUAAGGACCUUCAUUACGCAAGAGAUCUAUUCUGUGAUUUUAAAAAUGUGCGCUCUCUCCUUGGCAGUGUCGCCCCAUAUGCUAAACCACUGUUAUCAAGCACAUUACUUAGGAAGGAUAUUGGAUUCAAGACAACAGUAUCCCACAGUGACGCUUUAUUGAUCCUCAAUCACUGGAUAGCAUCACAAGCUAAUUUUAGUGCAAGAAUGGACCAGAUGUGCAAAUUCUACACCUUCAUGUCAGAAGGUGCCGCUAGUGGAGAGAUCAACAUUAAACGCGAUUUCCUACCACGCUGCUCUAUAUUUACACCACUGCAUGGUUCACCAUCAACUGAUUCUGUAACCGGGAGAUUUAUGUCUUCAAAUGAUUUGUAUUGGCAUGACCCAACAGGCUGUUGUGAAAAGAUAUAUGCAUCCAUUUUAAUGAAGGGGAAUAUGUUUCUGAGAAAGAUGUUGUCUGUGGCUUAUCCAAGCCUCCAUGAUUUCUUUACUGAGACGUGUGGUGUACCAAAGAUACCAACGACAUCUGAGUACCUUGAGAUACUGCUCCGGCUAUCAAGUGUUGCAUUGCCUUCACAAGUAGCCAAUCAUGUGUUUCGUGUAUUUGUGAGAUGGGUUAAUGAUCUCCAUUCUGGAAGUUAUAAGAUGGACAAUAUCUUGUUCUUGAAAGAAUCUCUUCAGAAGUUGGAAACAAUGGUAUUGCCAACCCUGGGUUACAGAUGGGUGUCCCUCCAUCCAUCUUUUGGUCUUGUUUGCUGGGCAGAUGAUGAUGAACUGAAGCAGCAAUUUCAGAACACUCGUGAGGUCGAAUUUAUACAAUUUGGUGAACUUUCUCUUGAUGACAAACAAAAACUCGAUGGGAGGGUUGCUGCAUUGAUGAACAUUAUAGGUAUUCCGGCACUUUCUAAGGUUGUGUACCGAGAACCAAUGCAUUCUGGUACAGGGAACAACAGAGGAAAGGCUAGUUUACUUAAUUGGCUUUUACCAUAUAUGCAACGUUACAUCUACAAGAUGCAUGGAGAUACUUACAAUAAAUUUCAGCAAAAUGAGGCCACGAAGCUUAGCAGUCCUGAAGUUAUUGUUGUUGAGAAGUUAUCCUACAAGUAUAUGCUGAAAGGACGUGAUAGUUCUUGUGAGGGAAGAUUUGAAUGCUCUUGUCUUUUACAGGGAAAUAUUUUAUAUGCUACUCAAGAAGCUGAUUCACAUUCGAUUCUUCUGGAAAUUUCUAAACUUUUCUUUGAUGGAUCUGUUGAUCUACACUUCGCAAAUUUUCUUCACAUGGUCAAAACCAUGUCAGAAUCUGGCUCCGCAGUGGAACAAAUUGAGUUUUUUAUUGUCAAUAAUCAGAAGGUGCCUCCGUUACCUGAACAGGAACCUGCUUGGUCCUUUUCUUCAUCGUUUGUCGCCGAGGAAAUAUUUAGUUCCCCAACAGCUGAACUCCAACCUCCGGAUGAACCCAGACGCCCCCUCAAGCGUAAGAAGAACCCAGGAAUCAUUGAAAGCCACCCACCGAAUAAUCCUGAAACAGCACCUGAUCUUGAAACCUCUUACAUAAGCCAGGAAGAGAUAAAGGUGAAUGAUACUGCAUCUUCAUCAGAGCUUAGCAAGCCUGUCGUGUGUGGACCCAUGGAAGAUACUUCAGUUCCCAUCAAGGUUGAAGGGGAUCAUGUCGUGAAAGAGAAUUCAACAACAGAACAUAUGCUAGGCGUACAGAGUACGAUUGAAGUUGAUGAUGAGCCUGCUUGUUUGGACUUGGAAGCAGGAAGCUCACCAAGUCUGAUUGAUGAAACUGAGCUAACCGAUGUUGAUGAGAAACUCGCUGAUGUUGCAGAAGAUGGAAGCGAGUUAGGAGCUGGCACGCCUGGUAACGCCACAGUUCACAAGCCAGAUGAACGGUUAAGAACCGGCAGGCUUGGUGAAGCUGGUACACCAACACCUUGCCGGCUAGAGCAGGAUGGCGCGUGGAACCGAGGACUGGCGGCAUGGCAAGGCAUGCCAAAGAACUUGGAGGACGCCAAGGAUUGCGGCAUCCGCGCGCACGGUGACCGUUCUCCAAGCAAUGGGAGCACCAAAGCGGAUCUCUGCAGUCGGCCGCACGAUGCCCAGGAGCGAAGCAUCUGCAACAUCUACCGUGCAGCCAAGCAGGGAUUGGACGGGAAGCCAUUGCAGGGGCGAGCGACGUCGGGCGACGCGGACCACGCCGGGGCAACACCUCCUGCCAUCCCUUGCUCGCCUUCACCACCACGAGGGAAGGGGGGAGCAGACGACGUGGAGGCCGGAUCUGGGAGCGGCAGAUGCGGGGGUGGCCGGAGCAUGGAGAUCCGGCCGGCGGCGUCCGCGCGCUCACGCGGGGACGACCGCGGUCGCGAGAGUCAUGCUCGCUCGGUGGACUGCACGGGACCUAGCAAUGUGAAGUGGGUGAAUGAAGAGAAGGAAUCUGGGCUUCCCUAUGACAUUGUCAUCACGCCUAAGGGUGGCGCCGCAGAGUAUGUGGAGGUGAAGGCGACCGUGACUUCGAACAAGGACUGGUUCCACAUCACACCCAAUGAAUGGCAAUUCGCGCUGGAGAAAGGGGAUUCGUUCAGCAUCGCCCAUGUCGUGCUGAAAGGUUCAGAGAAAGCGAAUAUAAUGCUGAUGAAGAAUCCGCAGAAGCUCUUCCACCAAAAGGUCGACGACUUGAAUUUUGCUCUUGUUAUGUCGAAAAAAAUUAGAAAACUCAACCAAAUCUCAGUUUCGUUGAAGCCCGAUGCGCAAUCGCCGACCCCCGAUGAAUCUGCAUCUUGA